GAAGGACCCCAGAGGGCCAAGAUGGCGGCGCCCGUGUCAGACGCCGGCGAGUUUGAAAGCUGGCUGAAUGAUCGUCUGGACUUAUUAGAAGUGGACCGUGAGGUGUAUGGGGCGUACAUUUUAGGGGUCCUGCAAGAAGAAGAGAGCGACGAGGAAAAAGAAGAUGCGCUUCAAGGAAUUUUAUCCGCAUUUCUGGAUGAGGACACUGUGGAAGAUGUCUGCAAAGAGAUGAUCAAACAGUGGACAGAGUGCCACAGCCGAUCAGCAGCCAAAAGAGAUGCUGAUGAUGCUGAAGUCCAGGCCAUCGCCAGUAUGAUCGAAAAACAAGCUCAGAUUGUGGUGAAACACAAGGAGGUGUCUGAGGAGUCAAAGAAAAGGAAAGAAGCCCUCCUUGCUCAAUACGCUAAUGUAACCGACGAAGAGGAUGAAGCUGAAGAAGAGGAAACAAGCGGAAAUAACUUUACUGGAAAUGAUAAAUCCCUGUUUAAGAACACCAACGUGGAAGAGGUGCUGAACAGACAAAAGCAAAAGCGGGACCAGGCUCGUGAAGAUGCUCAGAAGAAGAAGGAAGGGGACAAGAUGCAGCGUGAGAAGGACAAACUAGCAAAACAAGACAGAAAAGAGAAGGAGAAGAAGCGUACACAAAAAGGUGAACGCAAAAGAUAAAACCAACAGACAGGACAAAUUGUAAGUGAAAACCCUUUCACUUACAAUUACAGGUUUUGUUACAAAUGAAAAGUUAUUGCCUCUUUUCAGCUAAACCGCAUCGACUCAUUCAGUAUGUGAACAUGUCUUCAUCAGACCCCUUCGACCAGAUCCUUAUUACUUUCUGCAACUCAUCAUACACAUCAAGAACAAUGUGAUGGAUGUUUCUUUUUUCUGGAUGCUGAUAGGAGUAGAGACAGACAGAUGUUGUCUAGGAAUAAAUAUCCAAAUCUUUCUAUGAUGAUGACUGAGUCAGUCUUAUGUCGUUGAUUAAAAAAUUGCUUGUUUAAGUUCUGCCAAUAUGUUGUUUCAGAAACAUGCUUUGGCUAAGCCUUGACACAUUUAUUCCUGAAAUGACAAACACAAAUUGGAUUGAUAAUACAAAUGGAGGAAUGCUUGUAAAGCGUCUCAGUCCACAGAUCCACUAAUAUCCUGUUGAUACGUUUUAGUUUUACAGUCUAUGCAUUUUCUGUCUGAAAAUAACUACAAAGGAGAGGUUGAUAAAAUUUUACCUCAGAUGUCAUGUACCAUAAUUUGAAUGUUUAUAAUGGGGUUCAUCUUUUUAAAUUAAUAAAAAAACAAUCAAA